AGUUAAGCAGGCGUACUGAGUGGUGUGGCAGCAGUAAAGAGACUAAGGAAAUCAAUUAACUCCAUGGUUUUCAUGAAGGCCUCUUCAUAUCAAAACUUCCUUGUUUAUAUGCAUCUCCUCUUAUCCUGUGGCAAUGAAGAUUGACAUCCACACUCACAUUCUACCAAGAGAAUGGCCAGAUCUAAAGAAGAGAUUCGGGUAUGGAGGCUGGGUGCAGCUCCAACACCAUGGCAAGGGAGAAGCAAAGAUGCUGAAAGAUGGGAAGGUCUUCAGAGUGGUCCAAGAGAACUGCUGGGAUCCAGAAGCUCGUCUUAGAGAAAUGGACCAAACAGGAGUGACUGUGCAAGCCCUUUCCACGGUUCCCGUCAUGUUUAGCUACUGGGCCAAACCUCAGGACACUUUAGACCUGUGCCAAUUUCUGAACAACGACCUAGCUGCCACCAUUGCGAGCCACCCCAGGAGGUUUGUGGGUCUGGGGACGUUGCCCAUGCAGGCCCCUGAGCUGGCGGUUAAGGAGAUGGAGCGCUGUGUGAAGAAGUUGGGCUUUCCCGGGGUUCAGAUCGGCUCCCACAUCAACGAGUGGGACCUGAAUGCACCGGAGCUCUUCCCAGUGUACGCGGAGGCUGAAAGGCUGAACUGUUCCCUAUUUGUGCACCCCUGGGACAUGCAGAUGGAUGGACGGAUGGCCAAAUACUGGUUCCCUUGGCUCAUAGGAAUGCCAGCUGAGACCACUGCAGCCAUCUGUUCCAUGAUCAUGGGUGGAGUGUUUGAGAAGUUUCCUAAACUGAAAGUAUGCUUUGCACAUGGAGGUGGCUCCUUCCCCUUCACAGUUGGAAGAAUCUCUCAUGGAUUCAGCAUGCGUCCUGAUCUGUGUGCACAGGACAAUCCAACCAACCCAAAGAAAUACCUUGGUUCCUUUUAUACAGACUCCUUGGUUCAUGAUCCUCUGGCCCUCAAGCUGUUAACAGAUGUCAUAGGAAAGGAUAAAGUCAUUUUGGGAACUGAUUACCCCUUCCCACUAGGUGAGCUGGAACCUGGGAAACUGAUAGAAUCCAUGGGAGAAUUUGAUGCAGAAACCAAGGAUAAACUCAAAGCUGGCAAUGCCCUUGAAUUUUUGGGUCUUGAAAGGAAACAAUUUGAAUGACUGAAUUUACUACAAAGACAAAUUUCAAGAAGACAUUUUGCUUUUGCUUUUAAAUACGUAUCACAUAUGCAGUAAUGAAAUCCUAUUUUGAACUUUUAUCCAGAAAUAGAACAUGUCCAAAUACCCUAAACUGUUCAUAACAAAAAUGAUUCUCAUGUUUUUAUUCUGAAAAGCAGUACAUUAUUUCAUGUACAAAUCAAAAAUGAUUUUAACACAGCCUUUUAAAUUAAUGGCAGAAAUAAAAAGCAAAAUGCCAUUAGUGAUUUAUAUGAAAAAAAUAACAGAUUCAUCCUAGAGGGUUCAUGUAGGUUCUCUACUUUGAGCAAAUAUUUGUUAAUAGAUCCCAAAUAACCUGUUGUUAUUCACUUUAAAUACCUUCCAUUAGCUCAGAAGUGGGCUGGGAAUGCUUUAGAUUCCCCCCAAAAAUUAAAGAUAUACAUUUUCCAUAAUCUCUAGGAACUCACAGCCCAAUUAAGGAGGCAAAAUACAUGUUUUUGGAAUAAUUACUAAGCAAUAAAACAUGCAUGUCACAGAA